AUGUUAUUCGAACUAUCGCUGGACGGCCUUAUGAAUCGCAGCCACUCACCAGUCUGCCUUGAACCUAGACGAUCGAAAUCGGUAUGCUCCCCAAGACUAACGAUCUCGUCAACAAAUUCACUCAACGAACAGGAUCAAGAUCGAAUCCGCUCCCCAAGCCCUUAUGGCUCCCGCCAGAGUCUCUACGAGCCGAGUGAGCAUGAGCUCAAGAAGAAUUCAGCUUCCGCACCCGACCUCGAAAAACGCCCGAUCACCCCCACAUUCUCCGUCUCCAAGCCAAAAGAAGAGAGCAAGAACUCACUGGCCCCUCACAAAACACCCCUUGGCGCCCGAAAAUCCCUCGGCGUCGAGUACGAAUUCAAACUGUUCAGCGCCGAUUCGCUGACCCCGGUCACGAAUCAACUUCGGAAAUUAUCGCUUCGU